CGCCGCAGCCGCGCCAUGCUCCACCUUAACGAGUUUUCCGGCCCCGACGCGCUUCUGGUCAAGUCCUCCGAGGGCUGUUGCUCGGAACCCAGCAACGACCUGCCCCGGCUGCCGGCCAGGGACGCGGCCGCUGGCUACACCGGAGCAGGCGACUUCUUGAGCUGGGCUUUGAGCAGCUGCGGCACCGGGGGAGACUUAGCCGACUCCUGCUUCCUGGAGGGGCCUGCGCCCACACCCCCUCCCAGCCUCAGCUACAGCGGUAGCUUCUUCAUCCAGGCAGUGCCCGAACACCCGCACGACCCGGAGUCACUCUUCAACCUCAUGUCGGGCAUCCUAGGCCUGGCACCUUUCCCCGGCCCUGAUGUGCCAACAUCCCGGUCUCCACUGGACGCCUCUUUUCCCUCAGGCCCCGACGCCUUGCUGUCGGGUCCGCCGGACCUUUACUCCCCAGAUCUGGGAGCUGCCUCCUUCCCAGAGGCGUUCUGGGAGGCCUCGCCGUCGGCUGGCGCCCCCUCGCAGUGCCUGUAUGAACCUCAGCUCUCCCCACCCGACGUCAAGCCAGGCCGCCGGGCUCCUCCGGCCUCCCCAGCGCUGGACACUGCCUCGGCCUUCAAAGGUCUCUACGCUCCCUGGGAGCUGCUCCCUGGGAGUUGUGGCUCCCAGGGAGGUUACCAGGCCGCCUCCGAAGCCCGUUUCCCCUCGAUGGGGGCCAAGAUUGAAGAUCUCCUGUCUAUCAGCUGCCCCGCGGAGCUGCCAGCUGACUCGGCCAACAGACUCUACCCUACAGGGGCUUACGACGCUUUCCCGCUGGUCUCGGGUAACUUAGGGGAGGGGGCUGAGGGCCUCCCGGGGCUCUUGACCCCUCCUAGUGGGGAAGGAGGGAGUAGCGGCGACGGCGAAGAGUUUCUGGCCGUUACUCAGCCUCAGCUUUCCCCACUGGGCCUCCGCAGCGCCGCGGCAGACUUCCCGAAACCUCUGGUGGCGGACAUCCCUGGGAGCAGUGGCGUGCCAGAACCUCUUGGACCGCCGGCUCCAUUCCCCCCAGUUAAGGCGCGGCGCAAAGGGCGCCGGGGCGGCAAGUGCAGCGCACGCUGUUUCUGCCCGCGGCCGCACGCCAAGGCUUUUGCUUGUCCGGUAGAGAGCUGUGUGCGUACCUUUGCGCGUUCCGACGAGCUCAACCGUCACCUGCGCAUCCACACGGGCCACAAACCCUUCCAGUGCCGCAUCUGCCUCCGCAACUUCAGCCGCAGCGACCACCUUACCACACACGUGCGCACUCACACAGGCGAAAAGCCCUUUGCCUGCGACGUGUGCGGCCGCCGCUUCGCGCGCAGUGAUGAGAAGAAACGGCACAGCAAGGUGCACCUCAAGCAGAAGGCGCGCGCAGAAGAGCGGCUCAAGGGCCUUGGCUUUUACUCAUUGGGCCUCUCCUUCGCUGCCCUGUGA